CGGAAUGUUUACACAAACGACGCUGCUGCCGCAACUCUAUUUGGGUGACCAAGGCGAGAGCAAACUCCAUACAGCUGAUGACACAGGCUCCAUUUCCAUUCUAAAGCUUUGUUUCCUCAGUGGGGCCACCACCAAUUUGAUCUCGUGGGGCCAAAAGGCUCCAGCAAAGCCGAGGCCAUACGCUAUAUACUGGGGCUUAGGAGCCCGUAUCUCAUCUCCGAAGGCUGCUGGGCCGAAGACUGCCACCUGUAGGCUCAAGAUUCUGGCCUACAUAUUUCCUUCAGCUGUGGUCUUCCGGCACGACCCACCAGCCAAGCGUCCGCGUUCCAUGAUCUCUGUACGCAUGCCUCUGUCAGCGUUCUUGCAUUCUUUAGUACCUACCAUAGAGGCCUUGAAAUGGCACGGCAGGACUUUGUUAGGUGAGCUUCUGCAACUUAGCCGUAAUCCUAGCCUCGUUUGGACACUCGAGCGCAAAGGCUUCAAGCUUCAAGCGGAGGGCUUGUUCCGUGAAAUCGCUACCGUGGCAUCUAGAGGAGAGGAUAUGUUACUUAGGAGCACACCUAGACCGGUCUGGUUACUGCCAGUGCCAGUGACGGCAUCGUCGCUUUCAUAUGAUGGUGGUGGCCUUGGUGAAGAAUUCUAGGCCGGGGCUACCCUGCCAUAUCUGUUUACAAGAAAG